AUGGAGUUUGCACUAAUUGCGGGACCCUGGAUCAUUCUUGAUCACUACCUAGCAGUGCGUCUAUGGGAACCAGAUUUUCAGCCUUAUAGGGCUACCAUUGACAAGAUCGCGGCUUGGGUAAGAUUACCUAGCUUUCCUAUGGAGUAUGUUCAGACGAAACUUAUUAAACAAAUAGGUGAUUGGCUGGGAGAGUUCAUAAGGGUGGAUGCUGCAACAAAUACUCUUCAUAGAGGGCGAUUUGCUCGUUUAUGUGUUGAACUGGAUCUAAGUAAACCAUUACAAGCUGAGUACAAAUUAGAUGGAAGGAUUAAAAGAGUGGAAUAUGAGGGUCUUCAUUUAAUAUGCUUUGGCUGUGGCCAAUAUGGUCAUCGUAUGGAAACCUGUCCUACAGUGAGUCGUGUUGAUAGCCAAGCUACUGAUAAAACGAUGAAGGUCAAUGAAGAUAAGACCCAUAGUCAGGAGGAAGGCAAUAAAGAUGGUCUAGUUAACUCGCAAUAUGGUCCUUGGAUGGUAGUCACAAAGAAUAGAAGAGGCAGGUUUGCUGGGUCAAGGUUUGUUGUUUCGGGGAAUAUGAAUGGUGCUGAAGAUGAGGAGCGAUCUCGUAGAAUUCAUGAAGCGGGGAUGCAAACGAAUCUUCAGUUAUCAUCUGAGGUUAGGAAGACCCACUUGAUAUCCAAGAAAAAUAAACAAAAAGGAGUUUACGUGGUGGAUACCGGAACAUCAUACAAGUUAGCAUGCAAAGAUGGGGAGAAUAAUAAUGGGUACGACGCCACUCUUCCAAUCAACAAUGUGGAAUGGGUAGAGGCAGAAAAGAUAAAGGCUGAACAACGUAAUCUUUGGGUUAAAAACAAUAGAAGUGAAGAUAUGUGUAACUCAUCAGGUAAUGGGAAAGACACCUGUGAAAAACAUCUAUCACAAAAGGUUGGAAAUGUGGGGCCCUCUAGUAAUAUUAUAUAUGUUGAACAGCAGCCAUCUCAUGGCCAAUAUGGUCAUUCUCAGGUGCUAAGUUUACCACAUAUUCUUAAACCACCAGAUCCACAAGAUCUGAUGCAAGAAGAUAUUAUAAACAAUAAUAGCCAUGAGGGCUAUCGCCUAGAAGAGCAUUUAAUGAACAGCAUAGAGGAUAUGCAGCCUGAAUGGUCUAAUGAAGAUCACAAUCAAUUGUCACAUUCUUUACGAAUUUGCUAA